CAUGCAGAGAAUUAAAGGCUCUGCAUCCAUGCGUCACUUGCAGCGGAAUGAUUGAACUUUCCUUUGAUGUUCACCUUUGAUUCUUUCUUAAUAAAAGCAGCCAAUCAGCGCAUCAAACAGUCAGUCAAUCAAAGCAUCAAAUCUUUUCUCCUUGUCUUUUCGGAGGAGCUCUGAGAGUUGGUGCUCCUGCAGCCAGGUGGCCGCACCGCACCGCACCGCACCGCACCGAGCCGCGCAUUGAUCGGCCCCGCACACGCAGCGCCAGACGCACAUGGGCUCCGUCCUGCGCACCGGGGGAUCUCCAGCGACCGCAGCCGAGAGGAGGGCACUGCCAGCCGGCCUGCGAGCAGCGCUCAGCCCGCGCGGACUCUCCCACUGACACACACCCACUCCCACUCAGAGCGAGGAGGUGAUUUUUUUCUACGAGCUGCGCUUCGGCUGGAAAAGCAGAGCGAGUGGAGAAAACACGCGAACCCACGCGAACCCACUCCCCUCUUCUUCUUGAUUUCCUGUCAGUUUGUUUUAUUUCCUGCUGCCAGGAACCAGGAACCAGGAACCAGGAACCAGACCGGGGCUGAAGCGAGUGAAGCUCCGAGGAUGAAGCAGAACUAGAAGCUUUUUCUGGAUUUAUUCCGCUGUGGAGGAAAAGCGACCCGGUGCGCACAGAAACCCUCUCCUCCUCCUCUGCUCCUCCUGCUCCUCCUCUCCCCGCUGUCUCUCCAUCUCUCGGUCUCCUCCUGUCUCUGUCCCUCCAUCCGUCUCUGCUGUUUGCAUGUUUGUAGGUGAUUUGGCUAAAAUGCAUCACCAGCAGCGGAUGGCAGCUUUGGGGACAGACAAGGAGCUGAGCGACCUGCUGGAUUUCAGCGCGAUGCCAAACAACGAUUUGAAAAUGUUCCCAACAUCCAUGAUGUUUUCCCCUCCUGUUAGCAGUGGAAAAAACGGACCCACCUCCCUGGGGAGCGGACAUUUCUCCGGCUCAAGUAUGGAGGACAGAGCAAACGCAGCAUCGUGGGCCGCUGGAAGUCGAUCCUCUAAGAGCUUCGCUGACGGAUCGCCGUUCAUGACGUCACAUGACAGCCUCUCGCCGCCGUACUCAAACUCCAGGCUAACAGGUAAAUCGGAGAGGAGUUCGUACUCGUACAGCAGGGAGUCCAACCCACACUGCCAUCAGCAGCCGGUUCUGGGCGGGGAGCUGGGUCUGGGGAGCCCCAGCGCGGCGUCGCCCACCAAGCCCGCGGGUCAGUACUACCAGCACUACGGCGCCAACCCGCGGAGGAGAGCGCUGCCCAUGGAGCCCAUGGAGGUCCACACUAAAAAGGUGCGGAAGGUCCCUCCCGGCUUGCCGUCCUCGCUGAACGGUUUCGUCCUCCUCCAGCCGUCCUCCAUCCUUUAUAUUCUCCCAGUUUUCAUCCCAGUUGAUCCCAACGCUCGACCUUCGCUACAGAAAAUAAAAAACGCCGCCGCUCUUCCCGGGCCUCG